CAUCUACCCCAAUGUAAAAUCAACAAAACUGUUAGUGGAAGUAAAUGUAGCAAAUAAACGGUCACUUAGAGUGUAAGAAUUCACAAAUUAAUUGCAACCCUUUACAGAGAAAACUCAAACUUCCAAAAAUAUCAUUAACCACAAAUAGCAAAUAAAAUGAUUGAAUCGCCCGUAAAUUAGGUAACAGAGCUUACGCUAUCAAGCAACAGUGAAUAAGCUGCAAUUGAUAUACCACACACAAACAUACACACUCCCCACCCUCAAAUCUGCUACACUGCAUAGCGAGUGAGUGUGUUUUACAACGCAAAGCGUGCUGCCAGUCGAUCCAUAUAUAAACAUACAACAAAACAAAAGUUCUCAAGUGAGUUACAGAUACGAUUGCUAUUACGCUUGUCCAAACGAAAGCUACGAUGCAAGUGAAGUUUACGUUAAGCUCAUUACAACCUUCGUACGGGAGCGGUGAAGUGCACUGAGUGGCUUGGUGUUUGUGCGGGGAGCAAAAUUGGCAUAAGAGAAAAAAACUGCUAGUUUGAGACGUAGCAAUUAGUUGCAACACCGCCCAUUCGGCUUCCCGGUUCGGCAUAUGCUUUCAAGUUGAAUGGACUUGAGCGCACUGCAAAUUCAAAUGCAUAUUUGGAAACUUCUAUUAAUUGUUACAAAAUUUGUACGCAUUGGUAUUGCCGAUAAAAACGACUCACCACCGUAUUUUGACAGAUUUCUUUACGAGACUGAAAUUGAUGAGAAUGCCGACCUACAGACAACGGUACUCACCGUCAAUGCCAAAAAUCACAAUGAUUCCUCGAAUAUUCGAUACCAGAUCACAGGCGGUAACAUAGGCAAUGCCUUUGGCGUGCAAAAUACAACUGGUGCGAUUUACGUUGCCAGUCCACUCGACUAUGAAACCAGACCAAGGUACGAACUACGUUUGGAAGCGUCGCGAAAUCGCAAAACCAAUUACACCACCGUCGUCAUCAAUGUACGCGACGUCAACGAUAAUCCACCGUCAUUCGAUCGUCAAACAUAUCGCACACAAAUCACAGAGGAGGAUGAUCGAAAUCUUCCCAAACGCAUAUUACAGGUUACUGCCACCGAUGGCGACGUAGAUAGGCCAAUGAGUAUUGUAUAUUUUCUCACCGGCCAGGGCAUCGACCCGGAUAAUACAGCAAAUAGCAAAUUUGAUAUAAAUCGUACAACUGGCGAUAUUUUUGUACUAAAGCCACUUGACCGUGAUCAGCCACACGGUAGGCCACAAUGGCGAUUUACAGUCUUCGCACAAGAUGAAGGUGGCGAAGGACUAGUGGGAUACGCUGAUAUACAAGUUAAUCUAAAGGAUAUCAACGACAAUGCACCACAAUUCCCACAAGGCAUUUACUUUGGUAACAUAACAGAGAACGGCACAGCCGGCUUGCCAGUGAUGACAAUGUCAGCCGUUGAUUACGAUGAUCCCAACGAGGGCACAAAUGCCAAACUUAUUUAUUCGAUUGAAAAAAAUGUGAUUGAAGAGGAAACAGGUGCGGCGAUAUUCGAAAUCGAGCCAGAGACGGGCGUGAUAAAGACUGCAGUGUGCUGUUUAGAUCGUGAACGCACACCGGACUACUCCAUACAGGUGGUGGCGAUGGACGGUGGCGGACUGAAAGGUACCGGCACUGCAUCGAUAAGGGUUAAAGACCUGAACGAUAUGCCACCACAAUUCACGAAGGACGAAUGGUUCACCGAGGUGGACGAGACCAACGGCACGGCCAUACCCGAGUUGCCGAUACUCACAGUGACCGUGCAGGAUGAGGAUGAAACGAAUUCAUUUCAGUACAAAGUGGUGCCGAACAGUGGCUUUGGCGCCGAGAAAUUCGCCAUGGUGCGAAAUAAUGAUGGUACGGGUUCCUUGAAAAUCACACAACCGCUCGAUUAUGAGGAUCCACUGCAAAGUAGUGGUUUCCGAUUUCGUAUACAAGUCAACGAUAUGGGUGAUGAUAAUGAUAGUGACAAAUAUCACGUAGCUUACUCGUGGGUGGUGGUCAAAUUGCGUGAUAUCAAUGAUAAUGAGCCACAUUUUGAACGCGAUCAUAUCGAAGUAGCCGUCUACGAAGACACUAAAGUGGGUACAAUACUAGAGCAGUUUCGUGCAACAGAUGCCGAUCAGGGUGGGCAUAGUAGAGUAACUUAUCGUAUCGUACGUGCCACAGAUAAGAAACGUCAAUUCGCCAUCAGUACAAAGGGUGCGGUUAGCGUGCAAAGACCGUUAGAUCGUGAGGAGACCGAUCGGCAUUUUGUGCAAAUACUUGCUGUAGAUGAUGGUAAUACGCCGCGUACUGCGACUGCCACAAUGACGGUAAUUGUAAAGGAUGUGAACGACAAUGCGCCAGUUUUCACGAAAGAUUAUCGGCCAGUAUUGCCGGAGAAUGUGUCGCCGCGAAAAAUUGUAGAAAUCCAAGCGAAAGAUGCCGAUGAUCGAGCACGGGGCAACGGUGGACCAUUUACGUUCCGGCUGGAUCCGCUCGCCAGUGAUGUCAUACGUUCGAGUUUUAAAGUGGAGCAUGACAGACGCGGCGACAACGGCAAUGGCAUAGCAAUUGUCUCCUCGCUACGUCCCUUUGACCGUGAACAACAGAAGUCCUACCUCAUACCAAUCGAGAUUAAGGACAACGGAACACCGCCCAUGACGGGCACCAGCACUUUAACUGUCAUUAUUGGCGAUGUGAACGAUAAUAAAAUGCUGCCGGGCAGCAAAGAUGUCGUUGUCUACAAUUACCAAGGACAAUCGCAUGACACGCAAAUAGGACGCGUGUACGUACACGACCUAGAUGAUUGGGAUGUGCCGGACAAGAAGUACUAUUGGGAAGCACAAGAACAUCAACGUUUCAAGUUGGACACAGACACCGGCAUCGUCAUGAUGCGUGCGGGCACCCGUCGUGGACGCUAUCAGCUGCGCUUCAAAGUCUACGAUCGAGAACAGGGUCAGGUGGAUGUGCCGGCGAACAUGACUGUGGUGGUGCGUGACAUCACACAUGAGGCGGUCCAGCAGGCGGGCUCAAUGCGGCUGGCUGGCAUCAGUGACGAGGACUUCGUGCGCGUAUGGGACUAUACACAGCAUAAACUACAACGCUCUAAGCUCGAACGGUUUCGCGAAAAACUAGCAGAACUUCUGUAUACAGAUCGGGAGUAUGUGGAUGUGUUCAGCGUACAGCUCAAAUCGGAGCAUCCUUUAUUGGCGGACGUACACUUCGCUGCGCGUUCACCCACACAACAACCUUACUUUAAAGCCGUGCGACUGAACGGUGUAGUGCUCAUGCAUCGUGAGGAGAUUGAGAAGGAGGUUGGCAUUAACAUCACUAUGGUGGGCAUUGAUGAGUGCUUAUACGAGCGACGGCACUGCGAGGGCUCCUGUACUAAUAACGUAGAGAUACAUAACCGUACGCCAUACACAGUGAGUGUGAACAAAACAGCGUUGGUUGGCGUGCGACUGAACACAAGUGCUGAGUGCGUAUGCAAGGCGCGCACCUUUAGUCGGGAGGAAACCUGCCGCACACAUCACUGCUACAAUGGUGGACGCUGUGUGGACACGCGUAGUGGGCCCAAAUGUGUUGCGUGUCCUGUCGGCUAUAAUGGCCCGCGUUGCCAGCAAACGACACGCAGUUUUCGCGGCAAUGGUUGGGCUUGGUAUCCAGCGCUGCAGCUGUGCGAGCAAUCACAUAUUAGUCUUGAGUUCAUCACCAAAGAAGCGGAUGGACUAAUACUGUACAACGGGCCAAUAGUGCCACCCAAGACAGACGAGCAGCUGUUGCGUGAUUUCAUUUCAUUGGAGCUCGAACAGGGCUACCCGCGUUUGCUUAUCGACUUUGGCUCCGGCACAUUGGAGUUGCGUGUGAAAACGAAAAAGACUCUAGACGAUGGUGUCUGGCAUCGCUUAGACGUUUUCUGGGAUAGCGAGAAUGUGCGCAUGGUUAUCGAUUUUUGUCGCAGCGCUGAAGUUUUCGAAAUGGAAGAUGGCUCUGCGCCCGAAUUCGAUGACAACUCCUGCCAAGCGCGCGGCCCUAUACCACCCUUUAGCGAAGCGCUAAAUUUGAAUGUGCCGCUCCAACUUGGUGGCAUCUAUCGCCAGCAUUUCGACCAGACACUCUAUCACUGGCAAUAUGCGUUCACAUCAAAGGGCUUUGACGGCUGCAUACGCAAUCUCAUACACAACUCAGAGCACUACGACCUGGCGUUUCCGGCGCUGGCACGCAACAGCUAUCCCGCAUGCCCGCAGACGGACGAAGUUUGUCUCAAAACCGAUCACACGGCGCGCUGUUGGGAACAGGGCAACUGUGUUGCCAGCCUCGUACAGGCCAAAUGUUAUUGCCGACCCGGUUGGACAGGUCCCACCUGCAACUUACCCACCAUACCUACCACAUUCAAGCCGCAAAGCUAUGUGAAGUUCGCGCUCAGCUUCGAGCCGGAUCGCUUCAGCACUCAACUGCAAUUACGCUUCCGUACCCGCGAACAGCAGGGAGAGCUGUUCAGAGUCAGUGAUCAACAUCAGCGCGAAUAUGCUAUACUGGAACUUAGUCAUGGCCAUCUACAGUUGCGGUUCAAUUUAAAUUCGUUGCGUGCCGAGGAGAAAUAUCUGCAAUUGAAUGCCAUUGCCGUCAACGAUGGCCAGUGGCAUGUGGUGCGUGUUAGUCGUUAUGGCUCAGCAGCCAUGCUGGAGCUGGAUGGUGGCGAGGGUCGACGCUACAACGAAACUUACAAUUUCACCGGUCAUCAGUGGCUCUCCAUAGAUAAACAGGAGGGCGUGUAUGCGGGUGGCAAGGCGGAGUAUACGGGCGUGAAAACCUUUGAAGUGCAAUCGGAUUUUCAAAGGAGCUGCCUCGAUGAUAUCAGAUUGGAUGGCAAACACUUGCCGCUGCCACCUUCAAUGAAUGGCACACAAUGGGGUCAGGCGACGAUGGCGCGCAAUCUGGAACGAAACUGCCCAUCAAAUCGUCCAUGUUCGAAUGUAAUCUGUCCAGAUCCCUUUGAUUGUGUCGACCUGUGGAAUGAGUACGAAUGCACCUGCAGUGAGGGUCGCAUCAUGUCCGCCGAUACAAAAGGCUGUGUCGACCGCAACGAAUGCCUCGACUUACCCUGCCUUAAUGGAGCUACUUGUAUAAAUCUCGAGCCACGCCUACGUUAUCGCUGCAUCUGUCCGGAAGGCUAUUGGGGUGAAAAUUGCGAAUUGGUGCAAGAGAGUCAACGACUCAAACUGAGUAUGGGUGCGAUGGGUGCGAUUUUCGUAUGUCUCAUUAUCAUAUUAGCACUUUCACUCGCAUUCGUGCUGUAUAACCGCAAACGCAAGACAACGAAGAAGAAACGUGCCGGACCGGAAAAGGAUGUACGUGAGACAGUUAUCAGUUAUGACGAUGAAGGUGGCGGCGAAGAUGAUAUGACAGCAUUCGAUAUAACACCACUGCAAAUACCCAUCGGCGCCGGCGGUAAUAUGCCACCAGAUAUUGCCACCUGCAAAAUGCCAAUAAUAUAUCCCGUCAUGACACUGCUGCCAGGCCAAGAAGUUAAUGUCGGCUUCCUUAUGGAGGAGCGCAAAAAUCGCUUCGAUAAAGAUCCCAACGCACCACCCUUCGACGACCUACGCAACUUCACCUUCGAAGGCAGUGGCAGCAUAGCUGAGUCGUUGAGCUCCUUGGCCUCAGGUGCGUACCGGCACACUCCGACCACCGUCGCCACCACUUCUUUCAUACACUGCACCGACGAUGAGAAUCAAGACUACAACUACUUGACGGGUUGGGGACCGCGUUUCAAUGCGCUCGCCGCUAUGUAUGUGCAUCACGACCGCACAAAGUUGACACGCGUAGUGGCGACAAACGAAACGGCGCUGCCCGCGCUAAAGGGUGGCCUAACGUCAACCAAUCUGGCCGUAACAACGGCAGCGGCUACAAGCUGUGGCAUGGGUAUGCUGGCGAAAACAACAGCAGCGGUAAUUGAAGAGGAGGACGAAGAGGAAGAGGAGGAGGAUGAGGAGGAGGGCAAUGUGGCAUUAUAAGAUUAGGCAAGGCGGCACAAGCAAGCGAAGUACGAAAGCACUGAACUAAAAAGAGCAACGUAGAUUUACAAGGAAUGAGUGGCACAAUGAGUAAAAAGCAGGUUUGAGUCAAUAAGCUUUCGGGCCACAUAUGUACAUAUUAGCCUUUUAAAAAAUGUGCCGGCAAUUAAGGUCAUACAUACAUAUUUUCCAUGAGUCGGCGAUUGGGUGGCUGGGUGCAAAACGACUGGCGCAAAUUAAGAAAAAAAAGCCGAAAAAACCUAAGGCGCGCGUACAAAUGGAAAUUUCAGCGAAAUUGUAUGAAAAAUUGUAUCUUAAAACACGAAAAGGAAACUUCACUGCUGGCUUGCGCUUGUGUGUUUGACAUACUGGCAAACGAACUUUUGGAAUUCCACGCUUUCCUUGACUUUGGCUGGCAUGAAACACCGCACCUCAUUCGCUCAAAGAAGGUGUCAGUGGAAAAACGGCUGAGCAAAAUGAUGUGAAUCUAAUUAUCUCUGUAAGUAGCGGCAAACACGUAGGGAGACACCACAAGCUGGAGGUGAGAAUUCAAGCAUAGCGAAGGGUGGCUUCUCAAAUGUAGUAUGUGUAUGUAUAUAAAUAUAUUUAUAUGCAUAUGAGCAUAUUAAGAAAACAAUAACAACUCAACUGUAAUAUAGUUUCUUGUAAAUAUUAACAAUAAAAAACGAACGACUUAAUGAAAUUAGUUUAAAAAUCGAA